AUGUCUACCCCUAGCCCGCUCUUCAAAACAGCCCACGAACUAAGCGCCUUCUUGUCCGCCGGCCAAACCACCACUGUCGAUCUAGUAACCGCCUUCUUGGACCAAAUCGAGCGCCACAACCACAAUGGCAAGAAAUUGAACGCCCUGGUUGCAGUUGCGCCGAGAGAAGAUGUACUUUCCCGGGCGGUGCAAUUGGAUCGUGAGAGGGCCACCGGGCAAGUGAGGAGUGUGCUACAUGGAAUACCGAUUGUGCUGAAGGACACUUUUGUGACGGAUGCGUCGCUGGGGAUGCCGACUAGUGCUGGUGCUGCGUUCUUUGCGGGCUUGAAAGCGAAGAAGAAUGCGACUGUUGUGCAACGGUUACUUGAUGCGGGUCUUGUCAUCAUUGGCAAAGGAAAUAUGACUGAAUACUGUGGCAUGAAAUCGAAUGACACGCCGGUAGGAUGGUCCGCCCAUGGCGGUUUGACGCUCUCGGCGUAUCGGCGCGAUGAUCUUGAUGAAAAGGAUCAACCGACGGCCGCGGGAUCGUCCAACGGACCAACGGUUGCUGUGUCUGCAGCUUUUGCUCCGCUUGCACUUGGGACUGAAACUUCUGGCUCGGCUGUUUAUCCUGCUGGUGUGAAUGGCGUGUAUGGUAUGAAGCUGUCGUUUGGGGCGGUGCCUCUGGAUGGGGUGUGCCAGUUGAGCCGGAGCUUUGACCAUGUUGGUGUUUUUGCGAGAGAUCCCGCUGAUUUGAAGCCUCUUAUGGAUAUUUUGAUGGAUAAAGCUGGGGAUGAUGGAGAGGGUCGUGAUGGGUUCAAGGGGUUAGGCGUCGGUGUUUUGUCGAAUGUUUGGGGUGUGAUGGGGGAUGGUGUGACUGAUAAGUGGGAUACGAUUGAAGUGAAAGGGAAGUACGAAGGCGCUGUGAAGAAGUUGGAGGAAUUUGGUGCAAGAGUCGUGUACCCGCUUGAGGUUGAGAAACCAGAGGAUGUGCUCAAGUAUCAUGAGGAGACGCUGAAGUCCGUUGCUUAUUACGAAUUCCCAUCAAAUAUCGCCGAGUUCAUCACCUGUUUCGAGCCAGUACAAGGCAUAACAACGCUCAAAGACGUAAUAGAAUGGAACGAGCAGCACGCAGAUAUUGCACUCCCAAAACCAUACACCACGCAAACUGAACUCAUUGCCGCCACGGAAAGCACCAUGACGGAAGAAACCCGCGUCAAAGCAGCCGCCCACCUCCACCGCAUGGCCACAUCCGAAAGUAUCGGCAAAGUAAUGGACCUGCAAAACCUGGACAUUGUGCUAUCCAACUCGGACGCAACGCUCGUUCACUACGCCUCCUGUGCGGGAUGGCCCGUUGCCGUAGUCCCGCUGGGGAGGGCGCCGAAGAACGGUCAACCAUACGGCAUGUUUGCCAUGGCAAGACACGGACGAGAAGAUGUCUUGCUACGGUUCAUGACAGCUUGGGAUGAGGGAUUCGGAAGGUGUGAAACACCGCUGCUUGAAUGA